AAUAAAAAGUUGCAUAAUGAAUAAAAGCAGUAAUAGUGAUUUUCUUUCGCAGUCUUAUUUUCAAGGUAUUGAAAGAAUUACGAGAACAAAGAGCAGUGCCUUUAAUCUUCAAAUAUCGGAAGAACUUUUGAAAGUUCGAAAGAAAAUUUGGGAUAAUUUGUUGGAUAAAUAUUCCAAGGAGAUGUCUGAUGAUAAAGAGAUAAAUAUUUAUACUUUAGAACUUGAAGAAGAUGAAGAAAACGAAAAAGAAAAAGUAGUUAGCGAAGAAGAAUAUAGCUGUGAACAACGAGUAUAUAUGCCUAAACCAGCAAUUUUUAUACAAUAUUGGAUAAAUACUGUUCUAUAG